GCUAUAAUUAUUUUUUGUUAAAAAUGAAUUAUAAUGUCUCCAUGUCAUUGUUGCUCCAUAGCAUCCCCCCAAGAGUGACCUGCUUCUCACGCAGGUAUUCUUAUUUUAAAAUGUCUUUUCAUCCCAAGUCAGUGACCAGGCCAGUCCAAAGUCUGUACCAAAUCUUUGAUGAUGCUUAAAAUUCUAAUUUCAUGAAAAAAGAGAAACACUUUACUGCACAAGCACUUCAAGUCCCACCUUUUCUUCACCUCCUGCUCUUUUCCCAGCCAGGAAACGCGCAGGCGGGUGAGUAGGGGUCUGCCCUGCCGGCUGCUGUUGGAGUCACGCACCGGGGCUGAGUGCGCCCCCGUGUCUCGCAGGUGGCGCGGCCCUCGGCCUUCCCCCCACAUUCCGGAGCCCGGGAAGGGCGGCGGGUGGGAGCUCAGCCCCGCGCCGCCGCCGCCCGCCCUCGCCCAGGUGAGCGCCGCUCGCUGGCCCGGGUCCAGAGGCCGGGCGGCGUAACGCUGCUGGCAGGAGGGCGGGCACUGGAAAAGGCUUUGUGCUCUGCUGGGGCAGGGCUGGCUUUGAGCUCAGACAGGUUCCGAGGUGCCCCGGCUGCGCGGGGCCUGGGGUGACACACGGCCGCCGACUUGUUGCGGCCCGUCCGGGGGGACGCCCGCCCUCGCUCGGCUCCGCACCAGGCGCGGGGAGGCGCGGUCGGGCGGAAUGCGCUGCCCGCCGCCGACCUGACGCUCGCAGAUACGAAUCAGUGUGCGAAUGGACAUUUGAGAGUGCUCUUAUCAAACGCUUGCAAGCAUGGAAACCUCAUCAAUGCUGUCCUCACUGAAUGAGGAGUGUAAAUCCGACAAUUACAUAGAGCCUCACUACAAGGAAUGGUAUCGAGUAGCUAUUGAUAUGCUGAUUGAACAUGGCUUAGAAGCGUACCAAGAAUUUCUUGCCAAGGAACGUGUAUCAGACUUUCUAGCUGAGGAAGAAAUCAACUAUAUUUUGAAAAAUGUUCAGAAAGUUGUGCACAGUGUAGCACAUGGCAUUGAUAAUUGCUAUGAUGAUACCUCAUCUUCAGGGACUUAUUGGCCCAUUGAAUCUGAUGUGGAAGCUCCAAAUCUUGACUUAGGCUGGCCAUAUGUGAUGCCCGGACUCUUAGGGGGCACCCAUAUAGAUCUCCUCUUUCAUCCACCAAGAGCACAACUACUCACAAUUAAGGAAACUAUUCGGAAGAUGAUCAAAGAAGCAAGAAAGGUCAUUGCUUUAGUGAUGGACAUAUUCACAGAUGUGGAUAUUUUCAAAGAAAUGGUGGAGGCAUCAACGCGUGGGAUAUCUGUAUACAUUCUGCUUGAUGAGUUCAACUUUAAUCAUUUCCUAAAGAUGACCGAGAAACAGGGCUGUCAAAUUCAGCGUCUCAGGAAUAUUCGAGUGCGAACAGUAAAAGGCCAAGAUUAUCUUUCAAAAACAGGAGCAAAAUUUCAUGGAAAACUAGAACAAAAAUUUUUAUUAAUUGACUGCCAGAAAGUUAUGUAUGGAUCCUACAGCUAUAUGUGGUCAUUUGAAAAAGCUCACCUCAGCAUGGUGCAGAUAAUCACAGGACAACUUGUUGAGUCCUUUGACGAAGAAUUUAGAACUCUCUAUGCCAGAUCCUGUGUCCCCAGUUCAUUUGUCCAGGAAGAAUCAGUGAGGGUGAAGCAUGGCAAAACACUCUGGGAGAAUGGCACCUACCAGCGUUCAGUUUCUUCAUUAGCUUCUGUUUCCAGCCAAAGAAACCUUUUUGGUAGGCAAGACAAAAUUCAUAAACUAGAAUCUGGUUACUUCAAAAACAGAGGGAUAUAUACUGUCAAUGAACAUGAGAAAUAUAACAUAAGAAAUCACAGAUACAAGCCUCAUUUUAUUCCAAACUUUAAUGGCCCAAAUGCAGUCCGUCAGUAUCAACCCAGUCAGGUAAAUGAAAAUUGGAAGAGGCAUAGCUAUGCUGGGGAACAGCCAGAAACGACACCAUACCUGCUGCUUAGCAGGACUCUGAAUCGCAACGUGAAUCCUCCCAGCAAAUGGAAAAGGCCCUCAGAUAGUGUCAGUGUGGCAUCUUCCUCACAGGGAGGCUAUGCAGGCUACCACAACACACCUGCUCAGAGUUUCGCUCAUCGGCUUGCCCAGAGAAAAACAACAAAUCUUGCAGAAAGGAAUUCAAAUGUGCGGAGGUCUUUUAAUGGGACCGAUAAUCAUAUUCGCUUUUUGCAGCAACGAAUGCCAACUCUUGAACAUACCACAAAGUCAUUCUUGCGUAACUGGAGAAUUGAAUCCUACUUAAAUGAUCAUUCAGAAGCUGUACCCGAUUCAAAUGGAUCAUCUCUGGGAGACCGGUUCGAGGUCUAUGAUGGUUCUGAGAAUGUGAAAGCCAAUGCCGUUUAUACUCAUUCUCGGCUUCGUUCCUCUUUUGUGUUUAAACCAACUCUACCUGAGCAGCAGGAAGUUAACAGUUGUACGACUGGCUCUUCAAAUUCAACUGUCAUUGGUUCCCAGGGAAGUGACACACCUAAAAAGGCCCCAGACACCCCUACAAGUGCACAGCCAUUGACAGACAGGCCCUCCCCAGAACCAAUCCCCAAGCUCCCAUCCCCGUCAGAGGCACCAAACUUGCACACCUUGCAGGUUCCUGAAAACCAACCAACAGCCUUAAAUGAAACUACAAAUGGCCAGGCAGAGUCAAACAGCUACUUAUACGCCACCUUCUGUGGAAACAAGCAGACAGAAAAUCUCAAGAAUGAACAAAAUGAGAGUUUGCUUAAAAGGCGAAGUUUCCCAUUCUUUGACCACUCCAAAGCCAAUUUAGAUCAUGGAAACAGUAAGCAUUAUGUAUAUAGUACCCUUACCAGGAAUCGAGUUCGACAACCAGAAAAACCCAAAGAGGAUUUGCUGAAAAGUUCUAAAAGCAUGCACAAUGUGACCCAUAGUGUGGAAGAGCACGGGGAGGUUAUAAAGAGAGACUCUCCCAGUGACACUACUACCAAGUCAAUUUCCGUCGCUGCUUUGCUUGAUAUGAAUAAAGAGGAACCUAACAAAGAACUCACUUCAAAGAAGGAAGUUAAGAGUUCCCCGAGUUUUUUGAAAAAGGGAUCUCAGAAAUUGAGGUCAUUACUUAGCCUUACCCCAGAAAAGAAAGAAACUCUAUCUAAAAAUAAAACACCUGCCUUCUAUAGAAUGUGCAGUAGUUCUGACACAUUAGUUUCUGAGACUGAAGACAAUCAAAAACUUAAAAUAUCAGAACCAAAAGUUGAUUCAUCUCCUAGAAGAAAGCGUUCUUCCCCCUCAAACUCUCAAGGCAGCAUCCACAGGAGUAAGGAAGAUGUAACCGUUGGCUCAUCUCAGGGGAUGAGUUCUCCAUCUGAUGAGAGUAAUAAAAUAAUACCUUCUCCAGGUCCAAUUGAAAGCAGGUUCUUGGAAAGGGCAGGAGAUGCCUCUGCCCCAAGAUUUAACACAGAGCAGAUCCAAUACCAAGAUUCAAAAGAGAGUAAUGCAGCUGUUGCUCCAGAAAGGAAACAAGCAGCUUCUCCAAGGCUGAGGCCCAGUGAGCUACUAAGAUCUCAUUCAACUGAUCGGCGUGUUUACAGUCGUUUUGAGCCAUUUUGUAAGAUCGAAAGCCCUAUUCAGCCAACGAGCCACGUGCCAAACACUGGUAUCCACCGCCCAGAAAUAAAAUCCACAACUUUGGGCAAUAGUUAUGGCAGGCCCAGCCCAAUGCUGAAUUACAACACUGGGGUUUAUCACACCUACCAGCCAAAUGAAAACAAGUUUCGAGGAUUUAUGCAGAAGUUUGGAAACUUCAUCCACAAAAAUAAAUGAAACACUGUAAUUACAAAUAGAUAUUAAAAUACAAAAUGAAUGUGGCUAUAAAUAUUUGUCCAAAGAACACUGUGGUCAGUUCUUGUAACAGGCCAACCAAUUUGUAGAGGGACAGAAUUUGGGGUAUGAUAUAUAUGUUUACCAACAUACAUACUUAUGUACAGUAAGGUGGUUCUGUGUGAUAAAGUUAUACUUAAUUGCACUAUAGAUGGAAUGUCUCUAUGUAUAUGAUUUUUAAAUGGUAAUGGUAAAGAAAAGGUAAUUAAGUUGUUUUCUUCAGACUGAAGAUCUUAAGGCUUAACUAGAAACUUUAGUGCAGAGAUAGUGUAUGGAUUUUAACCAUUCAUUGAAAGUCUUUCCUUUUUAAAAAGGAUCAUAGUACUAUCAGGGCUUUUUAUAAUAGGUCUUUUUGGAGUUUUCAUACUUUGAAAUUAUGAGAAAAUAGGACAAAGCCUUUUUAGUCUUUAAUUACCUUUAAGUUCUACAGGAUAAUGUUGUGUUUUUAGUAAUGUUCUAUUGAUUUUCCUGCAGAGUCUAUGCAACUAGUUGGGCAGCAGUUCAAUUUAAAUUAUAGAACUCAACAGUCCUACAACCAUCCAGGAUGUGCUGCUUUCCACUCUGGACCAAGGGAGCCUUUACUCCACUCACCCAUCAGCUGCUAAUAUUUUAUAGUCAUUCCUUCCUUCAAACUUAUAGCAAGCCAGCAGGAAUUGGAAAAACUUGAGUUAUUCCUCUUCUCUUUCUAAUGUAAGAAAGCUUUUAGAAAUGUAAACUUCUGCAAUUUUUUAAAACCUUGGAUUAGUAUGACAAUGCUUAUGUGUUUUGCUUGAAAAAAGUCUUUAUUCUUUUAUAUCCUGUGCCACUAAUGGUGUGACCUCACGGUGUUCUCAUGAGUACGGCAAUGAAAGUGAGAAAUGGCACCUGCCUCGUUCUUCUAGGAUCAUGGGGUCUGGCUGAACGUUUUAAGUCUUUCUGUAUCGUAAUUCGAUGACAAUAUUCAGAUCAUAAGAUACUUUUGCUUUUCUUAGAGUGAUGAAAUAACGACUCCAUAUCCAUUAUAAAAACUUGGCUCUCCACGGAGGACAGAAUUCAAGAAACAAUUCAUCAUUUGAGAAGUGUGAAGUGUUUCUAUGACACUUUGAAUAUAUUAUUUAAUAUCUCCUAAGUUGCUGACUGGGGCAGUAUGUUGUUGUUUUAGAAAUUUAAGAUUUAGUCAAAUAUUAAUAUAUAUGUCAUUAAAUAAUUAAAAUAAUAGCAUUUUAAUACCUUUACCUUGAAAAUUCUUUUCCAUAGUAUUUAUAAACAUUAGGAAACAUGACAGGAGAAAAACACAACAGUGGGGGUGGGGAGAAACACUCUAUUUUUGAGCACUUACUGUAGACCAGGUCUUGAGCUAGAAUCUAAACUCCCAGUAAAUAUAUUUUUAUGGGUACCAUUGUCCCGAUUAUGUAUAGAUGAUGAAUCAGGUAAUAAAGACACUUAGACUCAGAAAGGUCAUGUCUCAAGUCACACAACUAAUAAGUAAUGGUACUAAAACAUCUAUAACAUUCUGUCAUAUGACAUUACCUCGCAAUGUGGUAAUAGCUGUAUCACCCAAACUGUUGAGAAUUGAGAAAAUGUUUAUAUUUUUCUGACUCAAUAAUCAACCGAAAAGGUUGAGUUGAAUUCUUCCAGGUAACAAAGAUGUACAGGGUUUUAAAUAAUCAUAGUAGAUGAGAUGAGGGAUUGAAAUUGAGAUUAAUUUCUGAAUGUUACCAAGCAGGCCAGUUUUAAUUGCCAGGCAGCCAUUUCCAUCUCCUUCUGGAUAAAGAGAAAUGAAUUAGGCAUUACUAAAAUAUAGCAAAUUUUCCUGUAGAACUUAAAGGUAAUUAAAAACCAAAAAGGCUUUGUCCUAUUUAGUCAUAAUUUAAAGCUAUGAAAACGCAGUAAAGACCUUUUAUAAA